UCCUCCCUGACCCCUGUUUCAAUCCCUGCCUCAUCCCAGUGUUUGGACUAGUUGACCAUCGCCGUCCCUUACUUCAGCCUCACUCUCACCUCAUACCAGCCGAGGUAAACUCGUUAGAGGACGGCUCUGCUUUUUGGGGAAGAAGACGCAACAUUUUCUCUGCAUAUUCUUACCCGAUUAAAAUAAACAAAAUGUCAUCCAGUGAGCGAUUUGACUGCCAUUACUGCAAAGACUCUUUGUUGGGGAAGAAGUACAUCAUGAAAGAGGACACGCAGUAUUGUACAAAGUGCUAUGAGAACCUAUUUGCUAACUGCUGUGAGGUGUGCUCUUUACCUAUUGGCUGCAACUUCAGGGACCUGUCCUAUAAGGAUCACCACUGGCAUGAGCAGUGCUUCAAGUGCGCAAAGUGCAGCCGCUCACUGGUAGAGAAGGCCUUUGCAGCCAAGGAGGAUUUACUGCUUUGCACUGAAUGCUAUGCACAUGAUUACUCGUCCAAGUGCAGCACCUGCAAGAAGACCAUCAUGCCAGGUUCCCGAAAAAUGGAGUACAAGGGGAACAGCUGGCAUGAGACUUGCUUCCUGUGUCAUCGCUGCCAACAGCCAAUAGGAACCAAGUCUUUCAUCCCCAAAGACUCUGGCUACUUUUGUGUGCCCUGCUUUGAGAAGCAAUUUGCAUACCAGUGCUGUGCUUGUAAGAAGGCCAUCACCACGGGUGGUGUGACCUAUCAAGAUAAGCCGUGGCAUCGUGAGUGCUUCCUCUGCAUCGGCUGCAGAAAGCAGCUUUCAGGGUAUCGCUUCACUUCCAGAGAAAAUUACCCCUACUGCCUGGAGUGUUUCAGCAACCUGUAUGCAAAAAAGUGUGUUGGUUGCACCAAACCCAUUUCUAGUUUGGCAGGUGCCAAGUAUAUCUCAUUUGAGGAGCGUCAGUGGCACAGCGAGUGUUUCACCUGCAUGCAGUGCUCUGUGUCACUGGUGGGACGCGGCUUCCUCACCCAGCGGGACGACAUUUUGUGCACCGACUGCGGCAGGGAGAAAUGACCUGUGCAUGACACGAUGCAACGACUUAUGUUCUCUUUAGUUAAUAUGCUGGGCACGUUAAUCGGUAUUAGCUUGGAUGAUGCUGUUACCUCAUUAAGUGAUCAACAUUUUCUCAUUUUGCUUUAAUGUAGUGUUCUGUUGUGAAAGUCUUCAUAAGGGCGCCCAUAUCGAUUCUAUUGUGAAUUUGGUGCUUGUACAAACUUCUCAGUUUCCUGUAAACUUGUACAACCGUGGUGCUUUAUGCAAAGAUUGUUAUUCAUUUUAAAAAGAGUGAAAUGAUGUUUGUUUUUAGACUGUAGAUCCAAAAUAUGUGACAAAAAGCUAAAUUACAUGGUGCUAAAAAAUUUAAAGGAAAACAGUAUCUGCAGUCUUGCAUGACCCUUGCACUUUAAUGCAUGCAAAUAUAUUCACAAAGAAUCACAAAAUAAUAUAUGAGUUUGCUCAAUAUAUAUGAGACGUUGCUGCAAUAAAAUUUCUAAUGCC